AUAUAUAAAUACAUGUAUAUCUCGAUUAUAUUUUUGAAAUGUAUAAAAUUAUAUAAUUAUUAUUCUAAUAUAUGAUUUGACAAAUUCUAUUCACAUUGUUAAUUAUAUAAAAAUAUUACAUAAAAAAGAAGAGAACAAAAUUUAUGACAAUUAUAACUUUUUCUUAAGUUUUGUGCUAUUAUAAAUGUUAACUAAGUUUAAAAGGUUUACAAAUAUGUAGAUUCACUACUUCUUUUAUUUUUUAUUUUAUAUAUCAUCAUGAAAAAUAUAUUUUACAAAACAAAUUUGUAUCGAUUUUUUAAGAUUAUUUGUAUUAAUCAAAACAUAUGAGAUAUCUGUAAGUAUUCGUAAAUAUCGGCAAAUAUCUAUUUAUUUUCUGGAUAUCCGUUUUUCCGAUAUCUAUAUUUUUCCAAAGCAAAUCAAAAAACUAAAUAUUCGUAACAUAUAAAGCAAAUCACAAAUACCUUCAAAAACUUGGAUAUCCGAUCCGUGCCCAUCCCUAAUUAUCACUGUAGAAAAUUCAAACCACAGUUAUUUCGAUAGAGUACAAAACAGUUGUACUAGUUAAACCCAGCUCGUUGAUCAUUAAGUAAAUAUUAAAAAGAUUGUUUGUUAAAAAUAAAGACCGUACGAAUGAUCUAAUAAUUUCAUGAAUUUAUCAAAUUGUAAGAGAUGUAUUCAUUCUGAGAUUUAAAUGUGUGUAAAAUAUGGAUGGACAAGGGCUCUUUCAAGGAAUUUGUGAGUGUUUUCUUGUGUGGGAUCUUUCUUUGAUUUGCUAAUAGAAUUUACAUAUGAGAAAAAGCCCAAAUAUUAAUCGAACCCGGGCCCUGUCCGCCAAGCUAUUGAAUAUUCAUUUCCCUCCACGGAGAAGAAAAUGGGCCAAAAUACAAUGAACGCACACGCGCCAAGAACAUCAAGUUACAGUACUGUCGGAAUAUUACAGCAUCCCAGUUUUUCACGUGUUAAUAUAUUAUUUGUUAAUGUUAAAACACUUAAGGUGAUAGUGAUGUGACUGAAACAAACUGGAUUGUAGCAAUCAAAGAAAAGAUUAAGCAACCCCACUUCAAAGUAUCCAAGGUCUUAAAACACCCACACCACACACAGGUGAAACAAAUUCUCAAGACAAUUUGCGAGAUAUGUAUGAAUUGGAUUUGAUUUAAAAGAAAAAAAAGAAGAAAAAGGCGAAACCUUUAUGCUUUUCUUUUUCACCUAAAAAGAUGGAAAGUAAAGUAACAGGAGGAGAAGAAGAAAGGGGAGAGAGACAGAAAGUGGAGAGAUUGGUGGAAAAGUUGAAAAAUUAUACUACUACCAAAAAUAAUAAUAAUGGAGAUGGACCUUCAACUCCGGUGCACGUUAGCUUCUCCGGCUCUUCUAAAUUAUUCUCACCAUCAGACGUUGUUUCAUCACGAAAGCUCGCUGCUGCUUUCUGGGAGUUUCAUCACUACUACUGCUACCAAGAAGAAGAUCGCUCCUUCUUUUCUCCUCCUCCUGCUGCUGCUGAAAUGCACCGCCGACAGCGCCACGGCAAGGCGGUGGUUAAGGAGAAUGGUCUCGACCUCUCUCAGUUCCUCCGAGAUCCCUCUCCUGAUCAUCAGCCAGAGAGUGCAGGAAGUCUAAGGAGGCAGAUCGGUCAAGUUCUGAUGAAACAUCAUCAAUCACUCGAAAGAAACAAUCACGCUCUUCAGCCUGUAUCUCCUGCUAGUUAUGGAAGCUCUCUUGAGGUUGCGCCAUACAACAAAGCAGUGACUCCAAGCAGCUCACUAGAGUUCCGAGGAAGACAAUCUAGAGAACCUCAAUACAAUCUCAAAACAUCAACUGAACUUCUCAAGGUACUGAACCGUAUUUGGAGCCUCGAGGAGCAGCACGCAGCCAACAUCUCCUUGAUAAAAUCUCUCAAAACCGAGCUGGCUCAUUCGCGUGUUCGAAUCAAAGAGCUUCUUAGGUAUCAACAAGCUGAUAGACACGAGCUAAACGGUGUGGUGAAGCAGCUCACUGAGGAAAACCUCUCGAGGAAGAACAAAGAAGCUGAACGGAUUCAGUCUGUGAGGAAAGAGUUGGAAGACGAGCGGAAACUUCGAAAACGUUCCGAGAGUAUGCAGAGGAAACUGGCGAGAGAGCUCUCUGAAGUGAAGUCUUCGUUGUCUGAGUGCGUCAAGGAGGUUGAGAGAGGGAAUAAGUCAAAGAAGAUGGUGGAGAUACUCUGCGAUGAGUUUGCUAAAGGGAUCAAGAGCUACGAAGAGGAGUUUCACGGUUUAAGGCACAAGAAUGGGGCUGGUCGGGAGGAAAGAGAUCAGAUGGUUCUUCAUAUCGCAGAAUCUUGGCUUGACGAAAGGAUGCAAAUGAGAUUAGAAGGAGGAGGAGAAGAUGUGUUGGAUAAGCUCGGGGUUGAGAUAGAGACAUUCCUUCAGGCUAAGCGUAGGAGUUCACUUGAAUCUGUUCCGUUUAAUGCAUUGAGUGCACCACCGCAUGAUGUGGAGUGUGAGGAAGACUCUGGGGCAAGCGACUCGAAUUGCUUCGAGCUCAAGAAACCUGUUGAGUCUCAUGUAAACGAAACUGAAACGAACAAAGACGAUGAAAAGCCAAAAGGAAUGAUUGGAAGUCCGUCGAGUUUCCAAGUGAAGUUCGAGGAUCAAAUGGCGUGGGCUAUGUCUAGUAACGGGAAGAAGAAAACAAAAACCAUCAAAGAAGAAGAUGAUGAUGCAGAGCCUGAGAAGAACAAGCAAGAGAAUGAAACUACAAGCAAGAAUGAUGUGAUGGGGGAAAUGAUUCGGACACACAGAAGAUUAUUGUCUGAAACUGGGGAAGCUUCUUGUAGUAGUUACCCAUCUUCUUGGAGACAAGCGAGUCCAGUUCGACAAUGGACUUCAAGAACCGUAACAGGUGAAAUUCUUGGCUCCUCCGAGACGUCUGCUGCUAUUGGGAUAGCUCAAGGAGUCAAGGAUAAUACUUUGAAAACAAAACUCGCAAAGAGUUCUAAGUCUCGUCUUCGGCUGUUCAAAGGCUGAUUCAUAUUCAUUGUCUCUGGAUAUUUUUUCUUUUUGUAUAUUUCGAUUUCUACGAAUUUUGGGACCUUGUAAACAUAAUCAAUCGUUUUAUAUAGUCUGUUUUAUUUUCAUAGCA